AUGGCAAGGAGUGACCUGCAAACCAUGAAUCCUGUCAUGUCAACAAGCUUGAUCUCCGACAGCACCCUUCUGAUCCCUUUGAUCCCUUUUAUCACUUUUUACAGCCAGCAAUGGAAUAAUUCCUCAUACCCUUGGAAACCUAUCACGCUUGCGUUACCUUAUAUUAGCUCGCCUCAUGCGCAUCCUUAUCUGAAAGCAAAUGACCUCCACUGGCUCUCUGGAAUGACAUCUUUGCAUCACCUUGACUUGAGUGGAGUGGACCUUUCUAACGUGCAUGGUUGGCUUCAUGACAUUAAUAUGCUCCCUUCUCUUCUUGUCUUGAAACUCAAACGUACUAAUCCCCAAGUUGGUGUGGCGUUACCAGUCACAAUUGGUAACUUGAGUCGCUUGAGAGUCUUGAGCUUGUCUGGUAACAAUCUCAGUGGCAAAUUACCUGAAACUAUAGGGAAUCUUGCUCACUUGAAGUUUCUAGAUUUGUCUGGAAAUGCAAUAAGUGGUAGAUUACCAGAUAGUUUUGGAAAUCUUAGCCAAUUGCAGCACUUGAGCAUGCAGAGCAAUGGCAUCAAUGGAACAUUGCCAAAAGGUAUGGGGAACUUAUGCAAGUUACAGAUUUUAGAUUUUACUAGCAAUUUUAUCAGUGGAGGCAUUGAUGAUCUUGUUGAUAGAUUGUCUAAAUGCAGCGAGAACAAGAAAGGCUCUGAUUCUGGAAGCACGGAUGGUCUAAUCAGACUAAGAUUGGGAAACAACAGGCUGAAUGACACAGUUCCAGUUAGCACAGGCCAAUUAUUUAAACUGCAGGAAUUGAAUCUCUCUUCAAAUUCUUUGGUCGGUGUCUUAACUGAAUCUCAUUUUGCUAAUCUAGUAAACUUGGCAUAUUUGGACUUGUCCUACAACUCGUUGCAAUUGAAUGUAAGUGAGAAUUGGAAGCCUCCUUUUAGUUGCUAUACUAUCACAAUGUGUUCUUGCAGAGUAGGCCCUGUUUUUCCUGCUUGGAUUAGAACUCAGACAAAUUUGAGCGAACUUUGCUUAUCAAAUACUGGACUUUCAGGCACUAUCCCAGCAUGGUUAUGGGACCUUAAGUCCUCUUAUGUACUCAAUUUGUCAAAUAACAAUUUGGAGGGGAGGCUACCAACUUCUUUGAAAAAUUACCCUGUCAAUCAAGUUGAUUUGAGUUCAAACAGAUUUGAAGGCCCAUUACCUGAGCUCAGCACUAAUUUGAUUUUUAUCAAUCUCAGCAACAACUCAUUCUCUGGGCCUAUUCCUUCUUACUUUGCAGUUGCUACAUACACUCAAGUUUUCGCUUUAUCUGAUAAUCAUAUCACUGGCAGCAUUCCAUCGUUCUUCUGCAACUUUGCUUUCUUGGAAUUGUUUGAUGUAUCUAAUAAUAAUAUGUCUGCAGGACUUCCUGGCUGCUGGAAUUCAGCGUCAGCAUUGAAAGUUAUUAAUUUAUCUAAUAACAAUUUCACAGGUAGUAUACCAACGUGGAUCGGGAGAAAAACCUUUCAUCUUUAA